AUGAGUGUCAAGCAGCGAACGGGUGGCAGCUUCAUGGCAGGGUGCUCCAGCUUCCCUCUUUGCAGAGAGGCGGUGUGGAUGCCGUCUUCUCUGGUCGAAGCUACUCUUUCUGACUCACACUGCCCCAACUGCCGCCCAGGCCCCCUCUCGUGUCUCAACCUGCGCUUCCGCCGCUCUGAGAUCCCGCCCCAGUUUGACCCUGUGCAGCAAGCAGGUGAGGGAGGUGCUGUGAGGGAGGUGUGA